AUGAGAACGCGGUCACCACGAUCUGCGACAUACACAUCUCCUCUGGAAUUGUCCAUUGAACCAACUGCGCAGGGAAGCAUGGGGACCGGAGAUCCAGAAACAGCCGCUCGUACCACUCUUGCCUUGUUAGAGACACGUCUUCGCCGGCUAGAAUUCCUUCUCAAUGGGACCACCAACGAGCAUGGAGUUCCACAUACAUUGCCUGUCACCACCAAAGAAAGUGAUAUGGUAUGGACCAAACUGAAUGCGCUCGACUCUCGGUUGGCCAGUCUGAAGAAAAUUGGAGGCCUUGCUGAGAGCGUGGUCACAGAUAUAGAGCGUCUAUCAAAUGUUCAUCCGGAUUUAUUUUCGUCGUCCAAUGCGAAAGAUGCCCCUAUCCCGCACAGUGAAGAUAUUGCCACGCUCGCCGCAGUUGUUCUUUCCCACGCAAGUCUUUUCUCAGAGACUGAUGCUCGUCUUUCCUCUCUCCAAACACUUCAGAUUCCCUCGGCCGAAAGCAGUUCAAAGCUCUUGGCUCUCAAGCCUAGACUUGACCAAUGUGAAGAGGCGCAGCGGGAGAUAGACACGGAAAUACGAGAGCUUCGCGAACGGAGCGCAAGAUGUCUAGAAUGGUGGGUUAAGGUGGGAGUUGUCGGAACCGGUGAUCUAUGGGAAAAUUGGGAGAGCCGAAUUACUGAUGUAGAGAGGAAUACAAUACGACGGGAAAAGAGAGCGAAAGAAGAGCAAGGAUACCUAUGACGGGUUACCUACAAUGUGGUGUCUAUCUCGUUCCCAUGUCAACAUGUGUAGUUGACAAGAAAGCUCUUUCUCCGAGCGCAACGGCUAUGACGUCGACAUAGGUCUUUAUCCACCAGCUCGCAAGACCAUAAAGUUGGACAAUUAUUGACUAGAAGACUAGGUCCACAAAGACGCGUGAGUAUGAGUUACAAGACCUGCAGCAGGUGGCAGAGCUUGAACAUAUGAGAAUCAAAAGUGGUACUCCUGCCAUUCAUGAUUUUUGAUGGCAAUCCAGCGAUGUUGUUCUGGUUUGGUUAGCGAGGCCCA